UUCAAAGGGCUCUGGCGAAAUGCAUCGGUUGAUCAUUUGGACGAGAAGAAGAUUGAAGAGUAUCUGCAGAAGCACGGAAUCGAUACGAUGCGUGAUCUUGCUCCGAAACGAAAGAUUAUGGGACCACCGAAACGCAAGCCAAUGAAGAGACGUACCACUCAAAAAGUGCACAAUGAGCAUUUAUCGAAUGUUUUGGAGGAUUACACUUAA